CAAUUUUCUUUAGUCUUUAUUUCUAUUGAGCUACUGAGAAUAUAUGGCUUCUCCAAUUAGAUGGACACCAAGUCCAAGCCCUACAAGAUCACCCAAACGUAGUGAAGCAAUUCCAGCAGCAAAGGUGGUGAAGGAUGAUGAUGAUGAUGAUGAUGAUGGUUCGGAGAUGGGGAGAAGCUCUGCUUCUGAUCAGGAAGAAGUAUUGAACCUCCUUCCUUGUCUCCUGCACCUCUUCUUCUUCAUUAUCAUCAACAUCAAGCUGAGAGUCAUGAGAUUAUCAACAGCCACGAACAUGAUCAGUUCCACUACAACUCACCAACCUUACGAAUUGGCUUGGGAGACCAAUAUGAAACUGUCUCCUUGGAAACCCAGGGAGAAGCAAAUUUUGCUCGAAAAUGGUAGCAGUGAAGGUGUAUACUUGACGUGGGAGGAUCUGUGGGUGUCGGUCUCUGAUCGCAAGAAGGAGAGCCGAGCGAUACUUCAAGGGUUGACCGGAUAUGCUCAACCCGGUGAGCUAUUGGCCAUCAUGGGUCCUUCUGGUUGUGGCAAAUCUACUCUCCUUGAUGCCUUAGCUGGGAGACUUGGUUCAAACACAAGACAAUCAGGGAAGGUGCUUGUCAAUGCCCGUAAACAGAGGCUAUCAUUUGGUACUUCGGCGUAUGUGACUCAAGAUGAUACAUUGAUGACAACUCUAACGGUGAAAGAAGCUGUAUACUACUCAGCCCAACUCCAACUUCCAGACUCAAUGCCCAAGGCAGAGAAAAAGGAAAGAGCAGAGUCUACCAUAAGGGAGAUGGGCUUGCAAGAUGCCAUGAACACUAGAAUUGGAGGUUGGACUGUGAAAGGACUGAGUGGUGGCCAAAAGAGGAGAGUCAGCAUUUGUAUUGAGAUCUUAACACGCCCAAAGCUUCUCUUUCUUGAUGAACCCACCAGUGGACUCGACAGUGCAGCAUCUUUCCAUGUCAUGAACAGAAUUGCAGGACUUGCCCAACAAGAUGGAAGGACUGUAAUCGCAUCCAUCCAUCAGCCCAGUAGUGAAGUCUUUGAGCUCUUCCAGAAUCUGUGUCUUCUAUCAAGUGGAAGAACAGUUUACUUUGGUCCUGCUUCUGGAGCUAAUGAGUUCUUUUCAUUGAAUGGUUUCCCAUGCCCAACAAUGAGGAACCCAUCUGAUCACUUCCUUAGGACAAUCAACAAAGACUUUGAACAGGACAUCGAAAAAGGCCCUGGAACUGAGGCCAUGACUACAGAACAAGCUAUCAAAAUCCUUGUACAGUCAUACAAAUCAUCCACAACUUGCCAGCAAGUUCAAAGACGGGUAGCUGAGAUAUGUAAAAGGGAAGGAGCACCAAUGGUGAAAAAGGGAAGUCAAGCUGGAUUCCUCACUCAAUCCAUUGUUCUUACAAAGAGAUCCUUCGUGAAUAUGUUUCGGGAUCUAGGCUACUACUGGUUGAGAUUUGCAAUCUAUGUUGCUCUGUGCUUAUGUGUAGGCACUAUCUACUAUAACAUUGGUCACAGCUAUGGAUCAAUUCAGGCUAGAGGUUCAAUGCUCAGUUUUGUCGGCGCCUUUUUAACAUUCAUGGCCAUUGGUGGAUUUCCUUCUUUUGUUGAGGACAUGAAGAUCUUUCAAAGAGAGAGAUUAAAUGGGCAUUAUGGCGUCGGUGCAUUCGUCAUUGGAAAUACAGUUUCUUCCACUCCUUACUUGAUUUUAAACUCUUUAAUCCCCGGAGCAAUUGCAUAUUACCUUGUUGGACUUCAAAGAGGAAUUGAUCACUUCAUAUACUUUGCUUUAGUACUCUUCAUGUGCAUGAUGUUGGUAGAGAGCUUAAUGAUGAUUGUUGCAAGUAUUGUUCCAGAUUUCCUUAUGGGUAUAAUCACAGGAGCUGGAAUUCAAGGAGUGAUGAUGUUGAAUGGUGGUUUCUUUAGAUUGCCAAAUGAUCUCCCUAAACCUUUCUGGAAAUACCCAAUGUACUACAUUGCCUUCCAUAAGUAUGCCAACCAAGGGUUUUACAAAAAUGAGUUUCUAGGGUUAACUUUUCCUAAUAACCAAGCAGGAGGAUCAGCUACCAUCACUGGAGAAGAAAUUUUAAGAAAUACAUGGCAAGUGGAGAUGGGUUACUCUAAGUGGGUUGAUCUUGCUAUCUUGUUUGGGAUGGUGGUUCUAUAUCGGUUAAUGUUCUUUGGCAUUAUAAAGAGUGUUGAGAAACUAAAGCCAAUCAUCAGAGCUGCCCUUGCUGUUCCUUCUCAACAGAAGACACAUAUCAUGUUGGAAGAGUCCACAACAGGAGUGGAAAAGAAUUAGCCAAUGUGGUUCUUUUAUAUUUUGUAUAUUUUAAGCUCUAUUCUCCAUGAACAUCUCGUUAAAGUAGAGAUUUAGGAUUCUAGUUUCUUAAUCAAUGAACCUGCCAAGAUGUGGGUUGGUGUUGAUUAAGUGUUCAUGUA